UGGUGGGCUAGAGCGGCGCGAGCGCCUGGCGCACGGGGCCAUGGAGGAAGAGAAGAGCUUCUCGGAUAUCUGCGGCGGCCGCCUGGCCCUGCGGCGCCGCUACUACUCGCCGUACUGCCGCGAGUUCGGCCUCAGCUCGCCUCGGCUGUCGCUGCGCUCGCUCACCGCUGUCACCUGCGCCGUGUGGCUGGUGGCUUACGGACUCUUCACCCUGUGCGAGAACAGCAUGAUCCUCUCUGCCGCCAUCUUCAUCACCAUCAUAGGCCUGCUUGGUUACCUCCAUUUUGUGAAGAUUGAUCAGGAGACUCUAUUAAUCAUUGACUCACUUGGCAUCCAGAUGACUUCAUCCUAUGCUUCAGGCAAAGAAAGUACCACCUUCAUAGAGAUGGAUAAGGUUAAGGAUGUUAUCAUUAAUGAGGCAAUUUACAUGCAAAAGGUGAUUUACUACCUCUGCAUCUUAUUGAAGGACCCAGGGAAGCCACAUGAGAUAUCCCAAGUAGUCCCUGUCUUCCAGAGUGCCAAGCCCCGGCUGGACUGCUUGAUUGAAGUAUACAGGAGCUGCCAGGAGAUUCUGGCACACCAGAAAGCCACAUCAACAAGCCCGUGAAUCUCAGCAUUCAAAGACCAGCAUUGUCUUUGAGCGAGGACUCCUAGACCAGAGUUGCUGGUUUAGGUGGACACAGUCCUGGGAAUCAAAAUGGAUGAGAUGAUCUCAGAGCCAUAGAGGAGGCAGCUGGAACUUGACUCAGUGUUUUGAUGUAACAUAAAGUUCGCCUUAUAGGUUUUAUCUACAUUACUAAUCAAGAGGAGACCUUAAGGAUUUUGUCAUAUCAAAGGUAGGCCAGGCAUAGUGGCUCAUGCUUUAAUGCCAGGACUCAAGAGGCAGAAGCAGGUGAUCUCAAGUUUGAGGCCAUCCAGGGCUACAUAGUGAGGACUCCCCCCCCUAAAAAAAAUGUACAUGAAGAUCACUUUGAAAUUUCUAAGCAUAUUUAUAUUUGUGUUAAAAUCUGAAUUAUUGAGUCUGAUACCAGAUUUUACAAGAAAAGUAUAAUUUCCAUCUGUGUGGAUUCUUGUCUAAAAAGAAAAUUUUUUUUAAAUGUAUGAAUUAGGAAUAAAAUGCUUUCCAAAGGGCUAGCCUCUGGUUCACCUAGCUCCUAUAAUCUGUGCAAGAUGAUUCAAUCCACAGCUUAACUAGGGAUGGUGUGGAUGCCAGCAAUUCAGCACCUAGGGGUAUCAACAGGAGGAUUGAAACUUUUGAGGCCAGCCUGGGCUACAUGGCAAGGCACGGUCUCAAACUGUAAAAUAAAUAUCCAAAACACACCGUAA